UGACUCAGUACUAAGUAUUGUCCAUUGACAUCCUCAAUAUAUUGAUGAUGAUUCAGCGCGGAGGGCGGAGUGAGACUUUAUGGAGUGGAAGCAUAUUCUUCUCCAUUAUUUCAUCCACUUCUUGAAGGUUAUUUUAUUGCGCGCAAGGAAACAAGGAUAGAAAGUCUCGUGCUCAUCUGUUUUAGGCAUCUGACGUCAAGUCGGAAUGCUGGCUGACCAUCACCGGCAAUCAUAUAUCCCUAGUGAAGUAACAACUCUCCCAGACAGCACUCGUUUCUGUUGAACUGGUAUUAUAUGUUUAUCUCCAUCUAGCCCACUUCUCAGCCAGCCUCCAUUUUCGCCCAGAUAAUGGCCCCGAGUCACUCGGAUCACCCGGGGAAGCCCGAGUCCACCCUCCCCUUGGUAGAGAGGCCUGAAGCCGACGAGACCGCACCCUCACAGAAUUGCCAGUAUAGCUCUGUCGGGUCAGAUCUAUCGCAUCACCUAUAUUUCGAUGACAACGAUGGCUUCUUCCCUCCUAGCUGGCUAGGACAGAAGCCUCCCGUCCAGGCCGAAGUCGAACGUCAACCACAGAAGUUGAGGCAAAAGAGCGAUCCCAAUAGCCACUGGAUGGCUCAUGAGUAAUCCAUACUAUCGAAACAUGGGGGCCCUUCAGCGCUGGUCAGCGUUCCCUGAUGCAUUAGCCAACAAGCUCGUUUCUGUCCUUCAAAUGAAUAGCCGGAUGGUGCACCCUAUCCUCGAGACUGCGGCCCUUGCCAAGUUGUUCGGUUCAUUCAAAGGGGCUAGGGGCUCGAUGAGAAUUGGGAAAAUGCGGGUUUUCGACACAACUCUUGAGUUGAAGUACUCCAUCGGCUGAUUUCCUUGAACUCUGGUCAUUCUCUGGUAUGACUAUGGUAUGGCGCUUCUUGUAACCAUUUUGUCUUGGGUCAACACAUGUCAGUUGCAGGCUGUCUCAGAAGUUUCACACUUCCAUGCUCACUGUUUCUCCUGGUGAGACCGCAAGCCGGCGUGGGUUGUAUCAGUUAUAGCAAUGGCUCUGUUCUCCCUUCACUGAAAAUACCAGUACAUGGCCAUCAAGUGAUAUCCGCAACUUGAAGUGAAAAGUUAUAACCG